AUGGAUGAAGAUACAAUAGUUUCAAUAACACCUGCUUAACUUUAAUUAAAAUCUGGAUAUUGGAGACCCUAUAUAAAUAGUGAAAUUCUUGAAUAUUGCUAAAAUAAAAUUGAGAACUGUUUAGGUGGAUGGAGAUAAGGGGAUGAAACUUGUGAAAUUGGCUAAUUAGGAGCUUGUUGUGAAGCUUGUGAUUAAUACAAUAUUAGAGGAAAUGGUUAAUAUAGUCUUAAGAAAUUAUAUUAAUGUUAAAAGUGUGACGAUUUGGAUAAACAAAUUAUUUAUAUAAUAUUGAUAGCCUUAUGGAAUUUACUUUCAAUCUAUUUAUCAACAAAUGGAGUUGAGAAAUUGAUAUUAGAAUUAUAGAAAAAUAAAGUAGGAUCAAGACAAUUAAUAAUUAACAAUAAUAAACAAACUGGUCCACUUAUGAAAAUGCUUACAAAUUAUUUACAAAUCUUGGCCAUCAUAAUAAAUUUUAAUGUUGAAAUUCCAUAAGUAUUUAAGGAUUAUUAUAAUAUUACUGGGAACUCUUAAACAAUGUUAUUAGUAACCACAGAUUGCUUUUUAGCUUAGAAUUUUUAAGAGGGACUCAUAUAUGUGAAAAUAAUAUAUAGUAUUAUUUGUCCACUUUUUUAUGGAUGGAUCUACUUAUCUAUAUACUUCUUAUUGAAAUCCUUAAAGAAGAUUGUUUAUAAUGAAGUAAUACCAAAAACUUGUGUCUUAUAUUUGUUUUGCUAUUACUAAAUAUAGGUGAUUUAAUUAUUAAUAUCUUCAUUAUCAUUUAGGACAUUAUCAGGCAUAAAAUGGAUCCAAGGCGACUUGGCUUAUUAAUUUAAUACAUCACUUCAUCAAUAAUGGAUUCCUUAUCUUAUCUUACUAAUAAUCAUCAUUGGAGCUACAGUACCAGGAAUAUUUAUAAUAUACUUAACAAAAUAUAAAAAUUCACUUUAAAAAUACGAUGUGAGAAGAUAAUGGGGAUACUUAUAUUUAGAAUAUUAGCAUAAAGCCUAUUAUUGGGAAAUAAUUAGGAUUGUCAGUAGAGAGUUGAUAAUGAUUGCAAUUACAUUUUACCAAGAUAAUAUGGUUAUUAAAUGCACGCUUUUAUUUAUUAUAAAAUUUGCCUAUUUAUUUGCAAACUAAAUAGUUUUACCUUUCAAGACAAAAACUUUAAAUUAAUUAGAAUAAAAUAGUACUUUUUUAUGCAUUUUUACCUUAUUUGCAGUUCUUUCAUUAUCAUUAACAAGUAGUUUUUCUACUAUUGUUAUAUUAUCUAUAAUUAUAACAAAUAUCUAUUUAUUGAUUACCUUUAUUUAAAGUUUAAUAAAUGGAUAUUUAUAAUCUAUGGAGGAGUUAAUAGACAAGAUCAAGGAUUUUAUGAGAGAAAAACUAAAAUCAAAAUUAAAAUAAUAUCCAUCUUUGGAUAGUUGGCUUGUAAACAAAGGUUAAAGGAGAAAGAUAAUGCUUGAGAGAUUUAAAAAAAUAAAGAAGCAUCUCUCUGUAGUGAGAUCAAAACUUAGUAGUAUAGAAAGAUAGAAAUUUUCACAAAAUCCAUCAUCUAGUGGUUUGUCAGACCCAAGAGAAUUCAAGUUAACUUUGGUGAGACAAUAAUAGAUUUUAUUUACAAGAAGUGAAUCCAAUGAUAUCAAUGACCCUUUCACUAAUUUAAUUAGCAAAAUGAAAUCAGAAGAAUGA